AUGAUCGAAGAGUACACGAAGAGAUUUCCGAGCUUUGCUGGCCUAGGAAAGAAGGCGCCCGGGGUGACCACGACUCUCAUUGUCGACAACACGGCUUACAUCUCGUCCUCGGCCAACUCUGCUGGAACAUUUCUUUACCUCCCAAAUGGCAACCGAGAAGGCUCGCGAUUUACGCAGCUCAAUCCGGCGCAUCCUUGCAAAGGUUCAGUGGAGCAAGCCUUGACUCGAUGUCAACUCAGAGCCGUCAACUCCGACACUGGCCACAGAACUGGUGCAAGUUGCGGAGAACCCAUGGCGGCCCUAGCCUUCUGCGCAACCAACAACCAGCGUAGUCUUGACAACGCGAAGAUCGUAUCUAUUACAGGAAAAGACAAGUACAAGAUCGUGCCACCUUGUGGUCAUCCAGAUGGUCAUUUGACAUACGAUGGUGAAUGGGGUUGUCAUUCCUUCAUUGAGGAGUUAGCAAUGGGCAUGCACGUCCUUUCGGCUGAUACGGGCAGAACUGCAACGGACGUUUCAGACGAUGAUAUCGCGAUUUCGUAUGCUACUUAUCCUUAG